GGCAGUUACAUCAAUCAAACACAAAGUCUUUCGAUUGUUCUUGCUAACCGUGUGAUGGACGGGUAUCACACCAUCUCCGAAUUGUGUCCUCAGAUCACUGGGUGGACAAUUUGUGUAUUUGUCGUGAGAGUGUUUAAGAAGUUUGUUGCGCCCAACAUCUUCGAACUCGGCCUUAUCUUGGCAGAUAAUUCGGGAUCCCGUUCCCGUAUCGAGGCCACCAUUGAUCGUCGCCUUGCUCCUUUUUACAUAGACCGAAUCAAAGAAAAUGAGUGGAAAAUUGUGACCAAUUUCUUGGUCCGUAACGUCGCUGACCCAGUGAGAGCAACAUCUCAUGACUACGGCAUAUGGUUUAUGGAUCAGACCGUCGUUACUAACGCCUUACGAAGGGACCCAAUAUCGUUUUACGAUUUCACUCAAUUCGACUACAUUUUGGAGAAAACAGUUGAUAAGAAAGUUUUAGUCGAUGUCAUUGGAGCGUUGUUGGAGGUUGGCCACUUGACCGGAGACUUCUACGGUCUCAAGCUUCCUUUCAAGAUCAAAGAUAGAUACAACGAAGUUUUGGAAUGCGAAGCACACAAUGAACAGGCGUUGGAAUUCCAAACCUUCUUUCGGAGUCUAGGUCAGCGCAAUGUUGUUGUCGCACUCGUCUUCUGGCGUUUAACCGACAGAGCUAAUCCUAAGGUUGUGAGUCAUGGUCCUGUGUCAAAGGUCUUUGCCGAUCCGGACACACCGGAAGUGGAAGAGAUCAAGCAGGUCGUUUUUUAGAUAG